AUGCUGAUGGAAGAAAACUCUCCUCCGAAUGAGCCAACAGCGCCUGAGAAUGAAGAUAGAAUCAGUAAUUUAUCCAAAGGAAUUCGUACGCACAUUGUCUCUUUCCUUCAAAUGGAAGAUGCUGUUAUGACAAUGCUUUGUUUCGAGAAGUUGGAGGCACGUUUGGUUGUCUGUCACCACUCCAGACUUCAACUUCGCCCAUUUCUCAAGACAGAGACGCAAGAACAAUUUGUGCAUUUUGUUGACAAGGCUCUCUCUCUUCACAACGGUUUGAAUAUAGAAAAAUUGUGUCUCUCAUUUGGAUUAUGUGGCAGAUAUAUGCCGCGUGUCAACGCAUGGAUUGUCUUUGCGGUGGGCCACAAGGUCCAGGAGCUUGAUCUUGACUUCCCAGUAGGCGAAGUGUCAAAAUUGCCUUGUUGGUUAUUUACUUAUGAAUCUUUGCUGGUGUUGAAACUGAACUCUUCUCUACUCAAACUGCCCCCAACAGUGACUUUGAACCGUCUUGUAACUCUGCAUCUUGCAAAGGUGGAAAUUUCGGAUGAUCUCUUUAUAGAGGGACUCUUUACAGGAUGUCCUGUCCUUGAAAAUUUGAAAUUCGAGCAAUGUGGGAUGGACAAUCUCAAGAUUUUAACCAUUUGA